CACACCAUCGUCAACUACAAACUCUUCAAACCAGAAAAAAGCUCAUACAUACUAAUAAUAACAAAAAUCAGAACAGAAUAACAAAAAUAACAAAGAAGAGGAAAUCAGAAACAGUGCGGUUUUUUAUAUUUUUGGAAGAAUAAAGAAUCAUUUGCUUUGACCAUGUCGACGGUGGUGGUUGUGACGGCAACGGUACUUGCACUAUUGGCCGUCACCUUCGCCAUUUUCAAGCCCCACCAGACCCUCUUUGCGCCGCCGCAGCUUCAAGCUUCCAUGGAUGUCCUACACGCCGCGCGCCUCCUCCACGUCACUGGAGCCCUUGGUCCUGAGAGUCUCGUGUUCGAUCGUCACGGUGGAGGGCCAUACACCGGCGUCGCCGAUGGCCGGAUUCUAAAGUGGGAAGGAGAUGAAGUUGGUUGGACUGAGUUUGCUGUCACCUCUUCCAAUAGGACGGAGUGUGUGCGCCCAUUUGCACCGGAGUUGGAGCAUAUUUGUGGGAGGCCAUUAGGACUAAAGUUUGACAAGAAAAGUGGAGAUCUGUAUAUAGCUGAUGCUUACCUAGGCCUAAAAGUAGUAGGACCCGAAGGGGGUUUGGCCACCCAAGUCGUAACGGAAGCUGAAGGUCAGCCGUUUCACUUCACCAAUGACAUGGAUAUCAGCGAAGAUGAAGACGUAAUCUACUUCACUGAUUCUAGCAGUGCUUUUCCCAGAAGGCAAUUUAUGUUUGUGCUCCUUCAUGGAGACAAGACUGGCAGGUUCUUGAAAUAUAACAAAUCAACAAAAGAAGUGUCUGUUUUAUUACGCGGCCUUGCUUUUCCAAACGGUGUUGCUUUGAGCAAAGACGGCUCGUUCGUGCUCAUAGCAGAAACCACUACUGGCAAGAUCCUAAGACUCUGGCUUCAUGGACCUAAUGCCGGUGAAGUCAAUACUUUCGCAGUGGUUCCAGGAUUCCCUGACAACAUAAGGAGAAAUUCGGAAGGCGAGUUUUGGGUGGCUUUGCACGCAAAGGGAACUCCUUUCUCGAGAUGGGUUACUUCUAAUGCAUGGAUUGGACAGACAUUGUUGAAGGUUGGAUUCAACUUCAAGCAGUUGCAUUCGUCGUUUGCCGGGUGGAAGCCUCAUGCUACUGCUGUAAAGCUAAGUGAGAAAGGUGAGAUAUUAGAAGUGUUGGAAGAUUGUGAAGGGAAGAAGUUAAAGUUCAUAAGUGAAGUGGAAGAGAAAGAUGGGAAGCUAUGGAUUGCAUCAGUGUUAAUGCCUUUUAUUGGCAUAUAUGAUUUAUGAGUCCAUCAUUCAUAGGUAAAGAUGGUAUUUGAAUUACUUUAGAAAGUAAUAUGAAAAUGUGGUUGUUUUAUUAUACGCAUUGUGAAUUAAAUUACUUUGAGUGAUAACUGAAAAGGCGUUGGCUUGAAAUUUAAGCUGUGUUGUAUCAAAUAAGAACAGUUCAUUCCUUUUCAAGGGUAGCCACACCAUAAUUGUCAAAACUCAAAAGCAUUUUUCUUUUUUCAUA